AUGGCCGCACAAUUAAUCAAUAACCUCUCCACGAAAAAACCGUCGCGACAGGUCGAUCAUGAUGACUUACAAUUGCUCAUGACGGAAGUUUCUAAUCGGGAAAAUGAUCCCGCUGACUUUGCGGAUCCGGAUGCUAUGCUUGAGCACAAACAUAAGCUUUUGUAUGUUAUCUCAAAAGUAGUUUUGGAGAGACUCAACAAAGAUGACCCUUUUAUGAAUGUCCAAAAUGUCACUGAUCAGGCUUGUGAAGCAUUGGAUGUUUUUAUUUCGACGGUCAAAGAUGUUCCCAAUAUACUCAAUUAUGUAUCCACUCAGGAUCGACCACUCAGAACACGCGGCCGUGAACCUUUCUGGAUAUGGUUAUUUCCGCGCGUUCUGUCAUGUCUAGGCCGUCGAGACUGCAAAAAGCUCAAUGAAAAGAUCGAGCUGUUUCUCUCUACCGCAUUUGAGGUCGUAGCAAAAUCGCCAAAGCUUUGGGGACUUGGUUCCGUCUUUUUCUCCUACCUCAAGGAUAGUGUAACUACCUUUUCGUUCGACAAUGGAGAAGAUCUGGAUGAAUCAUCUCUCCUAUGUACAUAUAGACUGCGCGAUGCAUCAGGUGCGAUUCAACAUGCGAUAUGCAUUUUGUCCAUUCUAGUAAAGGUUUCGAUCCAAGCCGCAUCUUUUCAAGAUGCAACACCCGCUUUUCAAGACUACCUAGCAUGGAUGCUUGACUCGUUCCAUUCGACCUGGGAGUUGCAUAAGGUCUGGAUAUCUCCUGGCCUCUUACAAGAUAACGAAGUCCCAACGGUUGCGCUCUUUUGUGCACUCCACGCUCUUCUAUCGUCCAUCCAGACUUCGUUGUCAGAGUCUUUGCUUCGCAAGGGCUAUGCCUACCUUGCAAUUAUUGGCGCAGAUCUCAUUACAACCCCCUCAAAUAUUAUUGAUAAGGAUGUGAAUCUUGUAUUCUGCCAGGCCCUGUUGCAUUUGGCAAAUAUCUGUAGGGAGUACGACUCGAUCUGUAGAACCAAUGCUUCAGCUGUUUUGACUCGGGCUUGCCGUUCAUCAGAGAACAAUGAUCGCGAGCUUGUUCCGCUUCAUGUUCGUUUUGACACGGAUUCUCUCAAUGACGAUUUCAAUCUGCUCGCUUUAAAGGAUACCGGAGCCCGAUCGGCUCCAUCAUCUCCACCUAGCAAACGUCGAAAAAUACAUUCCGAAGAAGGUCUUUUGUAUGAAAUCAUCGCCAAGCUAUAUUCUCUGUUCGGUGAUCAAGAGAUAAUAGACAUGGAUGGUCUAUGCAGGUUGGCCGAGCAACGUUUCGCGGGCUUGAAAGAUCCUGAUCGGUGCAAAGUUAUCGAUUAUUUAUCUAUGUUACCAUGCGCAGCAUAUGGUUCAUUAACUGUUACAAGAGACAAGUUGGAAAACAUAACGUCAUCUCAAUGUUUCGUGUGCGAAAAGCUUCUCCCGAAAACUGCAGUAUUGGACGAUGAUCUGUGUCAGAAGACUGGCACUGAAGCAAUUCUGAUUCUCACCACGUUGAUCAAUUCGCCUGCUUUUCACGAUUCACGACGGACAAGGGUUUUAGCAAUGGUAGCCGUCAAGGCUUUUGCUAUGCAUUUUAGAGAUGAAGAGUUUUUCAAUCUGGAAACUUCCGCUGUUGGGCAGUGGUGUCUAAAAUCUCUUCAGAGUUCUAUGCGUGAACUGAGAAUCGCUGCGGGGGUUUUGACUGAUGGCGACCUGAAUAUUGUACUGCUAAAGCUCGUAGAAUAUCUAGGACAUUCCAACUUAAUCGUGUCGAACGCGGCCUACAAUGAGAUACUGAAGUUGGCAAACCUUAAUGGCACUGUCGAAAAGCCCGUGGAACGGCUAUUUAGUCCGUUUUGGGAUAGUGUUGCUAUUGCUGCAGUGAAGGACUUGCUUGUCCGGCCACAAACUGCUCAGUUAAUGGCGGAUUUGUUAGAAAUCAACGUUCCGGAAUUCCUUAUUCUCACACAAGCAUACACAUUGCCAUGGCUAGUGCUGUGGCGUGAUGUGAAAACCAUUAAAAAAAUUGCUCAAGCUCGGAACGAGGAGAUCUGGCGAAUUCGACUUGCUUUGCAAUUUCUUGUUGAAAAUGUUCAAAGCCCCGACCAAAGUCGAAAGAGAAACAAUCCAAUGGCCACAUUUCUAGAACAUCACAAUCUUGGUCUUAUUAUUCGCAUAUCAGAGAUCAUCAAUGACAUAAGGGAUGAACAGUCUACUUUUGAGAAAAAGAGAAAUGUGAAAGCGAUUGAGGAGAUGGUUACGAUUGGCAAGACCUACAUGGGUGCAGCUCGACCACAAAUAUGUGCUUGCCUGCAGUCCGCCUUGGCUCAAAAAGACCUUCAAACAUCAGCCUUCUCAGCAUGGUCGGCUAUGCUUCGAUAUCUUGGCGAUGAAGACGUAGAGUGGAUGCUUGAAAGUACCUUUGUCACCAUAAUACAGUAUUGGCAUUCCUUUGACGAUACUACGAAAACAACCUCAGAGCAUAUUCUGCAGUACCUUCUGGAAGAGAGAUCCCUUCUUAUUCAAAACAAAAUUGUCGACUUGCCAUCCCUGUCCGAUUUUCCGCAGCUCGGCGAUAUAGAGCGCAGACUCAACGUCAUAAGAAGGCCUACAGACGUCAGUAAUGCAUUCCAGAUAUUCAGUCGUAGAAUUCGACAUGAAAAUUCUGGAGUUGUCGCCCAAGCUUUAUCCGAGUUAAAGAAUCUACUUCAAUCACAGCAGUCAUAUCUUCAGGCAUCAGCUGUGAGUGAACAGCCUGAUGUGGUUGUUGGUAAGCUUGUGCGUUCAAUAAUGGAUGCGUGUGUUAAGUUUAACGAGUCUCAUCAUGAAAUCGCUAAACUAUCGGGAGAAUGCAUCGGCUUGAUAGGUUGUCUUGAUCCAAACAGAGUGGAAGCAGUAAGGGAACAGCGGGAGAUGGUGGUUAUCAUGAAUUUCCAUGAUGCUGGGGAGACUACUGAUUUUGUUCUAUUUACUUUGGAAGAGGUUAUUGUCAAGGCAUUUUUAUCUGCAACCGAUACAACCUUACAAGGCUUCUUAUCAUUUGUUAUGCAGGAGCUACUAUCUAAAAGUGGAUUUUCAGCAGUCUGCGCACCAACUUUGAUGGGUGGGAAGAAGGAUGUCAAUAAUCCACUCUACAAGAAAUGGGAGUCUCUUCCGGAGAGUGUGCAAGCUACUCUUACGCCUUUCCUUACCUCGAGGUUCCAGGUGUUGAAAAUGGAAGUUCAAACCACUACGUACCCCAUAUUUCGACCCGAUAAUGCUCAACCUGACAGGAUAAAUAAGUAUAACAAUUGGCUAAGAACUUUCGUUCUUGACCUCUUACAGAAACCUAAAAAUCACAAUGCAGAGUUGAUAUUUACUCCUCUGUCUCGAGCCAUCCGAAUCAAGGAUCUUUCUGUAGCAAGUUUUCUCCUGCCAUAUCUGAUUCUCCACAUAGUAGCCGAAGGAACAGAUGGAGAGAGAGAUACUAUUGGCGCAGAAUUGCUUGGCGUUUUAGAGUACGAGCCGCCUUCGACAUCCCAUAUCAAGCAAGAAGAAUUAAAGUUAUGUAGUGAGGCCGUCUUUAGAGUACUCGAUUACCUUUCCCGCUGGAUUCAAGCGAAGCAGAUUGCAAUUGUUCGAGACGCGCGAGCUGGUGGCGUAACCACCGAUGGUGUAGAGCAAAUUGAAAGGGUAACUAGACUUAUCGAAAAUAUUCCGGCUGAAAUCGUUUCCGCUCGAGCUAUACAAUGUAAAUCAUACUCUAGAGCUUUAUUUAACUGGGAGCAGCAUAUCCGACAUGUUCGAGCGACCAAGAAGAAGGAUGCUUCAAGAGAAAUCGCAGACUUAGAGAGACUGCAAGAGAUAUAUACCCAAAUCGACGAGCCAGAUGGUAUCGAGGGAAUAUCGGCCCAUUUACAUGUGUUAGAUAUUGAUCAGAUAGUCCUUGGGCAUCGCAAGGCGGGACGCUGGACAGCAGCACAGGGUUGGUAUGAGAUUAAACUUGCAGAAGAUCCUGGAGAUGUUGACGUUCAACUCAAUCUUCUUAACUGCUUAAAGGAAUCCGGGCAACAUGACGUUUUACUUAAUUAUGUCGAAGGUAUGCAAACCGCCACCAAGACAAUAGAAAAACUGUUACCUUUCGCCGCAGAGGCUUCGUGGACGACAGGUCGAUGGGCUGCCUUGGAAAAGUAUACGUCGAUAGCUGGUCGCAAUGUAGAGGAAGAUUUCAAUGUCAGCAUUGGAAAAUCCCUACUUGCUUUACAUCAGAAGGAAUCCACGCGGUUUGUUUCAACUAUUCAGGAACUUAGAGAGCAAAUUACUUGCUCUUUGUCAAGGGCUACCACUUCAUCAAUUGGGUCUUGCCACGAUACUAUGCUGAAGCUUCAUGUACUCACCGAGCUGGAAAUGAUUGCUGGUUUUGAUCGCACUGAGCUGACACCGAGGGAAGAGCUCCUCGAGUCCCUUGACCGGAGGCUCGAAACAAUUGGUGGUUAUUUGAAUGACAAACAAUAUUUACUGGGUAUAAGACGAGCCGCCAUGCAAUUGUCCAGCCUCGAAUUUACAAAGGGUGAUCUCGCUUCUGCCUGGUUGACUAGUGCACGCCUUGCUAGAAAAGGAAAUGCAAUUCAUCAAUCUUUCAACGCUGUACUCCAUGCCUCACAGCUCGGUGAUGAGUCAGCAAAGAUUGAGCAUGCACGACUCUUAUGGAAGGAAGAACAGCAUCGAAAAGCGAUUCAAAGUCUUCAAGGUGCAAUCGAUAGUAAUGCUUUCAUAUCUCACAAUGAAAUCAAUAAGGCAUCUAUGGCAAGUGCUGAUGAUAUGUACCGAAAACAGCAUCAAAAUCUCCUUGAGGCAAGAGCUCAUCUUCUACUCGCAAAGUGGCUUGACCGUGCUGGUCAAACAAAUUCAUCUGCUCUGCGAGCCCAAUAUCAACUCGCUGCAAAGACACAUAACGCAUGGGAGAAAGGCCACUAUUACCUGGGACGCCACUAUAAUAAGCUGUUAGAAUCAGCCAGUAAUUUACCAUUAGAGAGGCAAGAUGAUAAUUAUUUAUCCGGAGAAACUGCAUCGCUAGUCAUUUCGAAUUACCUUCGGUCCUUAGGCCAUGGUACCAAAUAUGUUUACCAAACUCUGCCUCGUAUCCUGACACUUUGGUUAGACCUUGGUACUCAACUCAGUCAAAAGAUUGAUUCGCGGCGUCACUCUCAAGAGUUUGUCAGCAAGAUGACUCAGUUGCGAACGAAGACGUUAAGCGACCUUCAUGUUCGGUUCAAGAAAUACAUUUCCAAAAUGCCGGCCUAUAUAUUCUAUACUGCUUUGCCACAAAUUGUAUCAAGAAUUACUCAUCCACACAAGGAGGUCAAUCAAUUCCUCCAGUUGAUUAUGUUAAAAGUUGUGUCCGCUCAUCCUCAACAGUCACUCUGGAGUUUGUUGGCUGUCGUGCCAUGUUUACUUGCUUGCCCAGUUGAGGCUGCAUUGACAGCAACCUUACCAACACUCACUGACAAAGUAGCAACACAUAAAGCCUUUUCUCGUGAUGUUAUUACCAUCAAUUCUUUUGAAGACGACGUUUUGGUCCUAAAUUCCUUGGCAAGACCUCGACGAUUGAAUGCUCUGGCUUCAAAUGGACAACACUAUGGCCUGCUUUGCAAACCAAAAGAUGACCUCCGAAUGGAUCAACGUCUGAUGGAGUUUAAUGGUAUGAUGAAUAGAGCUUUGAAGCGCGACGCCGAAUCAAGUAGACGUCAAUUGUACGUUAAAACAUAUGCCGUCACCCCCCUAAACGAGGAAUGUGGUAUCAUAGAAUGGAUAGAAGGACUUCAAACACUUCGUCAAAUACUUUUGAGUCUAUACCUACCUACUGGCAAAAGAAUCAAUUAUCCGGAGCUCGACGCGUAUUGUGAAGAAGCAAUGAAAGGCGACAAACAACUCCCAUUCUUCACCGAGAAGGUCCUCGGAGAAUUCCCCCCUGUAUUUCACAAAUGGUUUGUGAAGCAAUUCCCCGAGCCCUCAGCUUGGUUCGCUGCUAGACUCCGCUAUACUCGUUCCUGUGCCGUUAUGUCGAUGGUGGGCACAAUUCUAGGUCUAGGAGAUCGUCACACGGAAAAUAUACUCUUCGAAGAAGGAAACGGAGGAACCUUCCACGUGGAUUUCAAUUGUCUCUUUGAGAAAGGCAAAACAUUCACCAAACCCGAACAAGUUCCUUUCCGUCUGACCCACAACAUGGUCGAUGCAAUGGGCAUGUACGGCUACGAAGGCCCUUUUCGCAAAUCCUCAGAACUUACCAUCAAACUCCUACGUCAACAUGAAGAAACCCUCAUGACGAUCCUCGAAGCGUUUAUCUAUGAUCCGACACUGGAUCUUAUGAAGAAAGUAGAUAAGAAGAAGAGGGAUACCGCGAAUGAUGGUAUGCUCAGCGCGCAUAAGGUCUUGGAUCUUAUUCGGAGGAAGGUGAAGGGUUUGUUGCCGGGGGAAAGUGUACCGCUUAGUGUGGAGGGAGUUAGCAAAGUUUGA